CUGCAGGCCUCUGGAGAGCAUCCUAUCAGCGUGCGGUGUAUGGAGGACAGGAUGGAGGUGUCUGUGAACAGAGAUCUGUAUAGAAAUGGGAGGCUGGUGAAAGCCUCUGAUCUGAGCCUCGGACCCAGACUGUGUAAACCCAGCUCCGGGAGCACAGGGACUACGGUGAUCUUCCAGUAUGGGCUGCAGGAGUGCGGCAACACCUUACAGAUGACCCCGGACUUCCUGAUCUACAGUACGAACCUGACCUACAGCCCAGCUCCUUCUAGUGACUCUCCCGUCACCAGGACCGACUCCGUAGUAAUUCCUAUCCAGUGCUACUACCCCAGACAUGGUAACGUGAGCAGUGAUUCCAUCAAACCAACAUGGAUGCCCAUCAGGAUCACCGUUUCGGCAGAGGAACGUCUGUCCUUCUCUUUGCGGCUAAUGAAUGAGGACUGGACAGCCUCAAGAACUUCUCCAGUCUUCCAACUGGGUGAAGUAUUCCACAUUGAGGCUUCUGUCGCUGUUGGGAACCAUGUGGCUAUGAAGAUAUUCGUGGACAGCUGUGUGGCCACGUUAUCCCCUGAUGGCUCCUCCAGUCCCCGUUAUGACAUCAUUGACUUCAAUGGGUGUUUGUUGGAUGGCAGAGAGGAGGAUUCAUCCUCUGCCUUCAGAUCCCCGAGACCCCGUCCAGACGCGCUGCAGUUCAUGGUGGAUGCUUUCAGGUUCACAGAGACGGAUACCUCUGUGAUCUACAUCACCUGUAACCUGAGAGCUGCUGCAGGAAACCAGGUUCCUGACCCAAUGAACAAGGCCUGUUCCUACAGCAAAUCCACCAACCGCUGGUCUCCUUUGGAAGGUACAAAUGACAUCUGCCGGUGUUGCGAGACUAGGGAAUGUGCCGUACCGUUUGGGCAGUCCAGAGGACUUGGGUCCUAUUUGGGUCACAGAGGCCUUGGCAAAAGAACUGUUCUAGACUCCCAAGAACAUGUAUCGGCUACUCUGGGUCCCCUCGUCGUCCUAGGACCUGGCCGUAGCAGAGUCCUGUCCGCGAAUGCAGAUGGUGCAGCAGGCUCCCAGGGACACGCGUCGGCCGCUCUGGGGCCCCUCGUCAUCACCGGCUCGGGCCGUAGCAGAGUCAUCCCUGUGAAUGCGGAAGCCGCACCGGACUUUGAAGAGGAUGCGUCGGCCGCUCUGGAGCCCGUUGUGGUGAUCGGAGCAGACCGCAGCCAGACUCUCGCUACGCCUGAGGAACCUCAACAUCUCAAGUGGUGGCUUUUGGUGACAGUCGGCUCCAUAAGUCUGAUUGCUCUUGUCGUCUUAAUUGUUGUUGCUGUAAAAUUUAUAAAUACCAGAUUAUCUUAA